GCAACUGGGGCGCUUCCUGAUGCGCAGCACCGGCACAGCGCUUCGGGCGCUAGGACCCUGAGGCGGCCGCCGACCCGGGCGGGAUACCGAGCUCGUUCUCGCUUGGCGCCGCUGCGGUUCGCCGGGGCCGAGCGCUUCGCGUGCCGCUUCGGGAGCGCAGACGCGCGGGGAUCCCGAGCACGAAGAAGAUGGCCUCUCCGCGCACAAUAACCAUUGUCACUCUCUCCUUCGCACUCGGGCUCUUCUUCGUCUUCAUGGGCACCAUUAAACUCACACCGAGGUUAAGUAAAGACGCGUACAACGAGAUGAAACAGGCGUACAAAAGCUACGCCAAAGCGUUGCCCGCCUUGAAGAAGAUGGGCAUCAGCUCAGUGCUGCUGCGAAAGAUCAUCGGGUCUCUGGAACUGGGCUGCGGCAUUGUGAUGACCCUCGUGCCCGGGCGCCCCAAGGACGUGGCCAACUUUCUGCUUCUGCUCGUCAUGCUGGCGGUGCUCUUCUUCCACCAGCUGGUGGGCGACCCGCUGAAGCGCUACGCUCAUGCCUUGGUCUUCGGCAUCCUGCUCACCUGCCGCCUACUCAUUGCUCGGCAAGGCGAAGAGCGUCCCGAGCGGGAGGAACUCCGGGAAGAGCGGGUCAGCCUGCAGGAGAAGAACAAGGUCAAAGUUUCGUAGUUGUGCGGCCGUCUUGGCCGGAGCGGCAAGGACAUCGCUCCGGAUAACGAAAACGGAUGAGAAAGACAGCCGCCUUUGCGAUCGUGGCAUGAUGGCUGCAGCCCUACCCCCAUCUCCACCCCCUCCUCCACCUCCACCUCCACCUCCACCUCUACCUCCGCCCCCACCCCGCACUGGCCGAUUGGUGGCCUUCCCUUGCUCCCUGCCCAAGGGCAGCCCCACUAGCCCAGCCAUGGUACAAAUCAUUCUUGGGGCAACUGUUUUGAGUUUAUAAUUGUUGUGGAAUUUACAUUUAUUUUGAGAAGCCUAUUGAGAACUGAGAAACCCAUUACUUUUUCCCUCUUCUGUUCUAAACAGUUUUCAGUUAAUUGAAUUUUAGUCGUACACCUCAGUCAAGCUUCCUUUCACAGUACAGUUUUUCUGAGAAUUUCAUCUUUGUGAAAGUUGAUGCGUCUUUUCUCAUCAGCUCACAUGGAACUGUCUAAAUGUUAGUGCUUGUAAAGUCAGUAUCCUAUGUAAUACCACUUCAGAAAACACUUUGUAUGUGCCAUGUUAAUAAAAACAGGAAAUGUUACAUUAACAGUAUUAUUUUUCUUGCGGUCCACUAUUUCGGUCAUUUAUUUUUGCUGCGCGGGCAAAACGAUGUCUGUUUCUAGGUGCAUUUUUAAGCUCGUUGUGGAAAUGCGUGUGUUUGUUUCCGUCUAACUUUUUAUUUCUGGGUUUCUUUUCUUAUUCUGUUGGUUACCGAGUUAAUUAAAAUGGUAAACUGCACAACUGUCCUUACCGCUGACAUUUUGUUUAAUGCGAAGGGGUGCAAUUAACGCGUUAAUUCAGAAUUAAUUUGUGAUCCGAAGAGCU